AUGGACCACCCGCAAACCCCGCGCAUCCUCGCCCCCCACCUCUCCCAAUUCCAACACCGCAUCGUCCGCAUCCUCGGCAAAGUCGUGCAAUUGCGCGGCGAACAGGCCGUCAUCGAUGCAGGCGGCAACAUCGACGUUGUGCUGAAUCGCGACUCACACCUAGCCGUCGGCCAUGCCGUAGAAAUCAUCGGUAAAGUAGAUGGUAAUCUCCAUGUCAAGGUGCAAGCUGCCACAGAUUUUGGUACUGGUGUUGAUUUCAACGCGGCGAAUGCGGUCGUCGACGCUACUCAUCGGUAUAAAGAGAUUUUCUAUGAUGGGGAGUAA